UUAUUAGAGGGCGAUAGUUAAAAUUUACUUAAAAAGUUGAGUGUCAAUCUUUAAUAAUUGUUUGAAAACCAAUUCUCUCUUGAGGAGUGUUUUUUUACUUGCGCAAGAUGUGACAGCUGAUUGUUUUGAUCCACUUUGUCUUCGUGUUCCAUCUUCCCUUCCUAUUUUCGCAGCCAAGGGAGAGAAAGUCUGAUUACCAUUGUUUCAAGCACAACAAUUUGCCACUUUGGUUUAAAGUUGCGCGUACCGUGAACGGAAAGGUUAGGCAAUCGAACCGAACGAGCCAGACGAAUGCAAUUGUGAGAUCGGGGUUCCUGCGGCUUGAACGACAGUCAUUAAGCAGCAUCAAUGGCGAAGGUUAUCACACAGGAAACGUUCGACGAGGUAGUGAAAGAAAAUAUUGUCGAGUUUUCAAUGUCGGUUGACGAAGCGCGAGAAGAAACCAUCAAACAGUUCGAGGCUCAAGGGAUCCAUUUGGGUAAUAUUAUCAAGGACCUUAAGCUUAAUCCUGAAACGGGAGUACCGAUACUUAAUGACAGCGUGGAGCAGUUGAAACAGAUCCAGACGAGAUCGUUUGAUGAAGAGCAAGAAAAAGUUUGCCGCCUUUUGGAGGUGAUCAUCGAUGAGUGUAACGUUAGCGUUCCUCAUCGUGUACUAGCUGCCAAGCUGGGCGCAUACGAAUUUGCUUUGAAGGCAUUGCUUUCCGAAGACAACUUCAAUACCGACGUGAGACUUAAGCUACUGUAUACUGCCAAUGCCAUUAUUAACAAACAGCCUGAUGUAUUCGAUUUAAACUCGCUAGCCGCGGCGCUUAAGGGCCUACAAAGCGCAACGGAUGAACCAACGAUAUGCGAGCUGUUAAAGUGGUUGCAGAAAGCGUGCAUCUUGCAUGAAAUGAAUCGACAGACGAUAAUGGCAGAUAACCUAACCGUUGCGACGCUUAAAACGUUUCUGGCACGCCCCGAACCGGCGAUAAUCCGGAAUGUCUGCUGCCUGUUUCGUUACCUUAUUUUAGAUGACGAUAUUCGCUUAGAGUUCGGCAAGGCACACGAACAUGCGCGCACUUUGGCUGGCGAAACCCUAGCCGAUAUCACGCAGCUGCUGACUAGAUUCAAAUCGGACCAGGAUACGAUCUGUGAUUUAAUUUUAACCAUCGCCUCGCUAACGGUUCGGAACGAGUUCUGCCAGACGGUGGAAGAGGCCGGUGGACUCAAGUUUUUGCUCGACGCAAUGGUCGAGUUCAAUGACUCACUCAAAGUAAUUCGUGAAGCUUGCAAACUACUCAAGGCCCUGGCCGGCAACGACACUGUGAAGCUGCAGAUUAUUCAGUGCGGGGCCGCUCCAUUGUUAGAGUCAAGCCUCAAUCGUCACAAGGCCAACGAAUCGUUCGCUCGGCAUGCCCUGCUCUGCCUCUCGACACUGGCCUUGCGCGAGCCCACCAACAGCGCGGCUCUGUUCGAGACCGGAAUCACCGAAACGAUCGUUCAGGCGAUGAAAAUACAUCCCACCAGCAAGGUGGUGCAGCGAAACGGAGCCUGGGCCAUACGAAACAUGGUGUCGCGAUCGCGGGAUCAGUGUGACAGUUUUAUAGCGUACGGUGCCGAAGACGUCCUGAAUCAGGCAUUGAUUGACCAUCCGAGCAUUGCGCACGAUAUAAAAUCAGCAUUGCGUGACCUGGGCUGUAAGGUGCACCUAAACGAGGAAUGGAAACAAUCCGAUAAGUUGCAAAUUACGGCCGAUUAGGCUGCGAGUGUGCGACCGAUUAUCAUUAUCAUGGAUUUAUGAAUUAUUAACUCUUUCUAAUGUCGCACCAGGUCUCCGCUUACGCUGACUCGUUAUUUACUGCCCAUUUACAAAUUAACAAAUCAUGUAAUCAGAAGAAUAUCACCAAUCUUUUUUGAAUAAAAUGAGUUCA